CUUACAACACAGAUCUUUAUCGAAAACUUACGUCAAUAUAGAACAUUGUCAAUAACAGCAACUAGAACUGCAUUAGACAUUUUAAACUAUUUCCGUGAUAAUGAAACAAUUUCUGAUUCUGAAUCUUGGACUUUAUUUGAAGUAAUUAAUGAAUAUGGUUUAGAACGUCCGAUAAGAGAUUGGGAAUAUGUUGCUACAGUCAUCGGAAAUUGGGAACCAAAUAAACAAAAUGCACUUGGAUUCAAAAAUGCUGUACCUCCCAUGUUUGGAUCUCUACAUUUAGAGGUGAAGAAAAAUAAAUGGCAGAAAAGACACUUUUUUAUCAGAGAUGGAACUGUAUAUCAUUGCAAGGAUGCAAAGGUAAAAAUAAAAUUAAAAUCUCCAACCAAGUUUAUUUUUGCAUUGAAAUCUCAAGACAAAGUUGCAAUGUUUGAAAAUCCAGAUGAUUACAUACGUUAUUUGUGUGCAGAUCACUUGGAUAAAAUGAAAGACUGGGUGUUGAGUCUUCGAGCUGCUAAGGUAAUUUUCAUAAAAUAA